AUGAAAGCCACUUUCCGCAUUAUAUUUCUUGCCACUAGCUGUUUCGCUACCAAUCUCGCCUCUAGAGAUGAUACCCCUCUGGUAUCCUCCGUUGGCCAGGCAGUAGCGAUUCCGUCAUGGGACUUACAGUCGUCGUCUGUGGUCGGCAAUGACUUACAAGCCCUGUCCAACACUGGCGUCGACACGUCGUCCUGGUACCAUGUUCAGCAAUCUCGAUGCACUCUCAUGGGAUGCCUGCUCGGUGCGGGGGAGUACGAAGAGUCUGACCUCUGGUUCUCGGACAACCUCAACCACGUCGACAAUAGCCGGUUCAAUGUACCAUGGGUGUACAGGAGUACCUUCUCACUUCCCGUAGGGUCACGCCAUUAUAUUCUCGAGACUAACGGCAUCACAUCAAAGGCCGACAUUUUCCUGAAUGGCCGUCAGAUCGCCGAUGCGGAGUCUCAGGCUGGGGCUUAUGCAGGCCACACCUACGACGUCACGGGUCAAGUUAGCGCCAGUAAUGCCCUCGUUGUCAAGGUCCACCCAACUGAUUACCAUCGUGACCUUGCUGUCGGUUUCGCGGAUUGGAACCCCAGUCCACCGGACAAUGGAACGGGACUAUGGCGCGAUAUUACUAUAAAGCAGACUGGCCCGAUCUCUAUUGGACCCCUGAACGCUGUUAUAGAUAUCGACUUACCAGUCGAACGCAACGCGGCAACAGUUACUCUCCGCGCCAAGGUUCAGAACCUCGAAAGGACCAGCAUCGAGUUCAUUGCCGAGGCGACUAUCUGGGAUUCGGCUGGCCAGCAGGUCGUCGCCCUCAACCAAUCGGCAACUCUAGGCCCUAGAGAGUCAGGGACGGUUGCUUUCAACCACACCAUCCCGAGCCCAGAAAUCUGGUGGCCGAGACAGUGGGGUGCUCAGCCCCUUUACACCGCCAAAGUUAUACUGCGCGCCAAUGCAACUCUUUCGGAUAUUGCUCAUGCAAAGUUCGGCGUCAGAACCGUCACUUCUGAAUUAAAUAAAUUUAAGGACAGACAAUUCAAGGUCAACGGGUAUCCAUUCCAGGUCAUUGGCAGCGGAUACUCCCCCGACAUGUUCCUGCGUUGGGACCCUAGCAAGUUUGGAGCCAUUGCCCGUUACAUGCUGGAUAUGGGUUUAAACACCAUUCGCCUAGAAGGCAAGAUGGAACAACCCGAUCUCUAUGAAGUCACUGACGCCUUGGGUCUUAUGGUAAUGGCUGGCUGGGAAUGUUGCAACAAGUGGGAAGCCUGGGAAUACAACGAUGACAUUAAGGCACCUGAGCUUUGGGGUGAGCACGACUAUGCCGUUGCUAAUGAAAGCAUCAAGCAUGAGGCUGCAGUAUUGCAGCCACAUCCUAGUGUUCUCGCGUUCAUGGUGGGUAGCGACUACGGCCCAGAUAAGAAGGCAACGACGAUUUAUAUGGCCGCACUCAAGGAUGUUGGCUGGCAGACGCCCAUCAUCAGCUCAAUUAGCGGAGACGGCAACCAUGAGCCGCUUGAAGACGCUGGCAUAAGGAUGGAGGGGCCGUACAAUUGGUCCCCUCCAACCUAUUGGUACGACAAAGAACAUCGACGAGGCUCAGCAUUUGGUUUCGUUGCUGAGCAGGGAUCUGGCGUUGGCACUCCUGAAAUGGGUAGCCUCAGGAAGUUUUUGAACAAAACCGACCUAGAUGACCUUUGGAUGGAACCUGGCAAACAACUAUUUCACCUGCCACGAGGUGAAUUUCAGAGUCGAAAGGAUUACAACAAGGCCCUUUUUGAGCGUUACGGUGCUCCCAAAUCUUUAGACGACUACCUCAUCAAGGCUCAACUGAUGGACUACGAAGCAGCGAGAGUUCAAUAUGAGGCCUUCUCUACCCGGUUGACCGCGACUCGCCCAGCGACAGGGACAAUUUACUGGAUGCUAAACAACGUCUGGCCCGGUAUGAAUUGGCAUCAAUUUGAUUACUAUUUGCACCCAGCAGGUGCCUAUUUCGGCACCAAGGUCGGGUCUCGGAUCGAGCAUGUGGCAUAUGACUACGUGGAUAAGAGUGUGUGGCUCAUUAACCGCUCCCUGAACCAUCUCGGAUCUCGCCGUGUCGACAUUGAGGUCAUGGAUCUGACCGGUAACUUGGUUUUCAACACGUCAGCUAUUGUGGAAACGACAGCAAAUAAUGCCAGCAAGGUUGCCGAAGUUAAGGGCCUGGACAAAGUGAAUGGUACUGUCUUAUUGCGCAUUCUUCUAUCUGAUCCUGAGAAGGGUGUAUCGAGUCGGAACAUAUAUUGGGUCGCCAAUUCUGACGACGUUCCUGAUUGGGGCAAGAUGGCUGUGGAGUACACAGGGAUGACCAGCUAUGCCGACUAUACGUCCCUCGGAAAGAUGCAGAGAGCCGAACUUUCUGUCAAUGCGUCCAAGUCUGCGGCCAGCAACUCGCAUACUGUGUUGCUCGAGAACUUAUCACAGAUCCCGGCCUUUUUCAUCUCCCUGUCACUCAUUGACAGCGACGGUCAGGACACCAACCCUGUGUUAUGGUCGGAUAACUAUGUCACUCUGUGGCCAAAUGAGAAACUGGAACUACAAGUCACCCAGCCGGAUGGAAAGGGGGUCGGCCUCCAGAUACGUGGAUGGAACGUGGAUGCCACUAUGAUCAACUUGUAA